GGUGCAAGUUGAGGGUUUAAGACAAUACUCCGCGACACACAGGGACCACACUUCAGCGCAAUAUCAACACAUUGUCUUCUUCUUUCUGGAAUAUUCAUUUACAGCUAAUUUUGACAACCAGAAUCUUCGUUGGGUAAUUUUGUAGAAAGUUUGAAUUAUUGAGAUAACAUUCGGGUAUAAGAACGCGUGCAGCUCCUUCCAAAAUAUGUGUGUCCCGUAAAUGACAGAACGGAUCAGCGUAUAACUAACUUCUAGGAAUUGCGAAUUUAUUUUAUUGGAGAAAGUUUACCAUUGGAUGUACCAAAAUGACACUCCUCAAAGGAAAAUAUAGCAUCAUUCUCAUUGUGACAUUAAUUUCAUUUUCAAAAGGCCAAGAUCCGGGAUCAGAAUUUUUACCCAACAUAGCAACAUUUCCAGAAGGACCGCCGGCGCCAGGGGACCCAUUUGAAGAUCCAUUGGUCGUCACAAAUCCUGGUGAAGAAGUUCUGGGAGACACACUGGCCACUGACCCAGGUGUUGGAGAUCUCACCCCUCCAGCCAGUCUAGUUUCUGAUGGAACAGACGUAUUAACAAAGGAAACAGCUCCCAUAACGGACAAUGCCAAUGUACCAAAACAAGACCCCCCUGUCGGUGGGGAAGCAUUAGUGGAUCCUGGGACAGCAGCAGAUGGUGAAAUUGUAACCGGCCCAGAAGGUGUUGUAGACCCUGGGGCAGCAGGAGAUGGUGAAAUUGUAACCGGCCCAGAAGGUGUUGUAGACCCUGGGGCAGCAGGAGAUGGUGAAAUUGUAACCGGCCCAGAAGGUGUUGUAGACCCUGGGGCAGCAGGAGAUGGUGAAAUUGUAACCGGCCCAGAAGGUGUUGUAGACCCUGGGGCAGCGGCAAAUGGUGAAAUUGUAACCGGCCCAGAAGGUGUUGUAGAUCCUGGGGCAGAGGCAGAUGGUGAAAUUGUAACCGGACAAGAAAGUGUUGUAGACCCUGGGGCAGCGACAGAUGGUGAAAUUGUAACCGGCCCAGAUGGUGUUGUAGACCCUGGGGCAGCAGGAGAUGGUGAAAUUGUAACCGGCCCAGAAAGUGUUGUAGACCCUGGGGCAGCGGGAGAUGGUGAAAUUGUAACCGGACAAGAAAGUGUUGUAGACCCUGGGGCAGCGGCAGAUGGUGAAAUUGUAACCGGCCCAGAUGGUGUUGUAGACCCUGGGGCAGCGGCAGAUGGUGAAAUUGUAACCGGCCAAGAAGGUGUUGUUGAAACGUAUCCUGGGGAGACCACCUUGGUUGAAUCUGGGACUGGAGUUCUACCUGUGGGGGAUGGCGGAGUGGUGGCAGACGUUUUACAAACUGCUACAUCUCCAAUGGAUCCCACCACAACCACGGCACCCGUCACAACAGUGGACUUCAACUUCAAUCUCAACGAGACGUUUGAUGGAAGAAAUGAUCUACUUUUACUCACCGCCACAGGGCCGACAGCAAAUGAUUCUAAGGUCGCUAAUUCUCAGAUACCCUUAGAAAAUAUUGUUAAUGCGUCUGUGGUAGUAAAGACAACCUCAGAUAUUCCUGGAGAAGAUACCGUUUUAACAGAUCCGGUUAACGAGUAUCCAAACAAAAUUGGAGGAGCGGAAUCCAACACUUCUAUAACAGUACCAGAGAGAGAAAUCGCACCUAAUCUCAUCGGCGACAGUGAUGUUACUGUAGCUACCGAAGGCGACAUAACCCAUCCAUCUUCUGAUGUUGCAACCGCAGAAAUAACACCAGAUCUGAAAAGUCAGAAAAAUAUUUCUCAACGUAUGGCGAUAUUAGAUUCUACCCUAACUUCAGAUGAGAACAUGACAAGUGUUCUCAUGCGGACUCCCGAGAUAGGUAACAAGUCAUCUAUGAAUGAGAAACACACUGUUCGUAACCACACAGGACCUUCUGAUAUGGUAGAUAAAGAAGUAACUGAUUCCAAAAUUAUACCAAACACCACUACUGUUAUUGACACAGUAAUCGAAAUCCCCGGAAUCAUAAACAGAACGGAUACUACAACGAACACCGAGGACCUUUUAUCUGAAUACGAGAAGAAGCAAAACGAAUUCAAAACUUUUGUGGAAGCAAACCCUGACACGAAUUUUCCAGGCCCUCCCUCCCCACCCCUCUCAUUAAAUACCCAACCUGAGCUUUCUCCAGAGUCGAAUCCACAAAUUAAGGCAGUGGCUCCGGAACCAAAACUACCACCUUCUCCAUCUACACCACAAGAUGAGACUUUGGAUGAAGUACCAUCUAUCCAGGCUCCUCCACCUACUCCUGACCCUAUAAACGAGACAUCAUCUACACUACCUCCGCCACCUAUAACAGAUGCCCCCAAAAAGGCCAGCAAACCUUCAUACCAAGUUAUAGACUAUCCUAUUGUACCCCCACCACCUCCUCCCCCUCCUUCAAAUGUUUUUAAAACUGAUUUCGGUGAAGAUAUAAGUACACAAAAGCCCACUGCAUUUGUGUACGAACCAGAAAUUCCUUUUGAUCCAGACUUUGAUUAUAGGCCACCUGUAAAUACCAAUAAAGUAAAACCGGAAAUUUCCAUAGAAAGACCUGACCGUCGAAUUGCAACUCCAAAAACCACAGACUCUCUUAAAAAGAAUGCAUACGCAUUUGUGUUCGACGAAUCGAGAAAUCAACCUAGAAAUCAACCACGAAAUCGACCAGAAGGUGGCAUAUCUCUAUUACAAUAUCAACAUGACAAUAGAAACAGUAUUGAAGCGACAAGACAGGCAACUGCAGUUCACAAAAACGCUGCAUACAGAGUAUCAGAUAGAAAUGGGGUACAAAAUUCAAAUAGCGUACAGGCCCUCUUUGACAAAAACAAAAAAUUCGUUGCAAAGUUUGGAGAGCCGGGUAUGCCAUUUUAUCAGGAUUUUUUCGAGCAACGGCCUAAAGCUUUCUUUUCAGCUGAACCUACCAAAUCAAAACCUUUUUAUGAAGGUCAGGGUUCAAACAGGGUAAAUUCAAGAAACCCCACGAACCCCGUUAAUGCUAAACAAUUUUAUCAGGCAAAUGACAGAAUGCCACCAAUUAAUGUCCUGGAAGAAGCUCCAGUGUCCCAGCGCGGAAACACUGUGCCAAAAAUCAUUAGCACGGCUAAACCAGUCGCUGCACGCUUUCAACCAAGAAGCAUUAAAGAUCCACAGUUUUCCAGAACAAAUCCACCAUUCAAAAUGAACAAAAUGGAUAACAGUUUUGAAUUUUGGUACCAACUGAUGGGAAAAGAUUUGCAAAAUAAUAAAAUUAUAAAUCAAAAACCCGUACCUAAUGCAUAUGAAAAUCCAAUGAAUAUGGGAGGAAAAGUAUUGAAUAGAUUCUGGUCUGCGGCGAAUUCUGGUAGAAAGAGAGGAAAGAUUGAGACUAAAACACCCAGAAACAUUCACAAUAACAAUGCACAUGUAUAUCAGCCCGCAGAAGCUGGGAGUCUCAAACCCAAAGAAGCAGUUGUGAAUAAAAAUGCGUUUGUUUUUGAACCUCAAAUGCAAAUUUCCCCCGUUGAAGUCUCCGAUCCACAUCGAAUGAAAAUCAAGGAAUACACAAUAACUAACAAUCCCAACCUUAUCAGCACAACAGAGGCACGGUUAAAUAUGGGCAUCCCAACGCUCUCAAAGCCACUGGAAUCAGAACAGCUAUCAAAUAACAUGUAUUCACUAGAAAAUCCACCACCAAUAAAUAUUGAUAAUGAAAUUCCUAACGUGGCGUUCCAGACUUUUACGACAACCACUAAUAAACCAAACACACUACCACAGCCUACAAUGUCAUCCGUUGCCGCUUUUAGAAUGGGACCACGGAGGAUUGAAACGCCAAUCGUCAGAAACAAAACACCAGAUUUAGCGUUCAGGGCAUCGUCUGUUGAAAACCGUCCCAUUCCCCCUCCAAUACAGCCUCUUGCAACAGAGUACAUUCCAUCUAGAAAAUACCUACCUCCUUUGAAUCCCCGUCCUAAAUCAGUGAACACAGUGAUCAUUAAAGCAACGGCAGCCCCUAAGAGACAAAAUAUAAGAAAUGUCCCCAAUGUUGAAGUUAUACCAAAUGCAAUGCCAUAUGUUCCAGCUGAACCGAUACAGAAGCCAAGAGAAAAUAGCAUUUUUGAUCUACCUCGACCACCUGCAAUAUCUUUUGGUUCUUCCUCGGGAGAGAAAUCCGUUUCGAAAGUGGUGGUUCAAAAAGCCGAACUACCACCGCCUAUUAAAGAUGCUCUACCACUCCAUCAAACAACAACCGCCAGCAAUAUCCAAGAACCAGAACCAACUCCUGUCCCGCCAAUGUUCUCAAUCAACAGCACUAUAGUGAUGAAGCUACAAAAUGAUUCGGUCACGAAAGAAGAACUUCCUCCUAGUGUCUGUCAUCAAUGUCAUUACGUCAGUGACGUCUGUUUCCUGAGUGAGGCGGGGAUAUGUAACAGAUUUGUAGAAUGUCAUAGAAAUGGGGAUCAAGUAAGAGCAUUUGAGAAGGAGUGUGCGAUCGGAAACUUUUGGAAUCCAGAAACAUUGGCCUGUCAAAAAUCACUUUACGUAAAUUGUUCUGCUGACCCCUGCAGAAAUCCGGCUGUGAAAUCCCAUCCCUUUUUGGGACGAUGUCGGUAUUUUUGGAAAUGUAACCGGGGACGAUCAGAGUUCGAGUUCUGUGGUCAGAAUUAUCGCUACGAUGGAAUUGCGGACACAUGUGUUCCAGACUUUCAGUGCAAAGAUGAGGACCCCCCAAAUGAUGCCCUCAUCCAAGAAUCGCCUCCCGAAAAAUGUUUGUGGACGGCUGUGGAUGGUUCUCUGGACUCAUUCACCGAUGGAAUCUUUAAUCAGAAAUGCGCACCAGGAACACGGUUUGAUGAAGUCCAAUGUACAUGUGUUAUCAGCAACAUUCUACCGGAAGGAGAAAUUUGUAAUCCCGAUACAUUAAUGAACUUCGAGGGUGAAGAUCAAACAGCCUUUAAAGACAAAUCUGGUCAUAUGAAUGGAAUUGGCAGGGAUAACGUUAAGUUGAAAAACGGCACUGGUUUCUUUUACGGCAUAGGAAAACUUUCCUUUUGGCGAUACUCCAAUGUCGAACUCGGACCUCUACUCGCCAUUCAAGUUCGCUUUUUCCCCUACGGAUACUCGAAGAAUCCCAUGGCUUUGGUGUCCAAUUGUAAUGGGUCUCCCAUCGGAGCAACUGUUGACAUUCGACUCAACACAAAAAGUAAACAAGCGACAUUUAAACUGAGUACCAACAAACAACUGAAUAACUUCAUCUCUCUACCCUAUGAGGCUUUCAAAUGGAACACCGCUACUUACGUAUAUGCUGGGGAUACCUUCACUGCCAGUAUCAAUGACAAGAAAGAGACCAUUCCUGUAGAGGGUUCCAUUCCGAACAGACACCCUGCCAUCCAGGUUGGAGGCUGUAACAGACAAGAUGGCUUCAGAGGCUAUACUGAUGACAUUAAAGUUUACAAUGGAUGCAUCCCAGAGGAAUUUGAAUACAUAAUCUUCACAUGAUGACCAGAAGUACCCUAAGUUAGAAAUCCAGAGAGCAGAUACUUUCUCACCUCCUACCAACAAGAACAUUAAGGUUUCUCGCUGCUCUAACAGUACACAGAACAUGGUGACAGAUCUUUACAUUCCCUCGUGUUAAAACUUGUCAAAUGAGACGGCUGUGACUAUUUACAACAUCGGAGACGCACUGGAAAACAUGGAGACACGCCUAAGAAAGGUCUCUGCAUAUUAAUGAGCCCGAAAAAGAAAGUCACCGACAGCGUGGUGUGACAUACGAAGACAUUUUCAUAUACGGUGCAGCAGCGCUAAAAAAACAGACACAAGUGUGCAUUAUUCAUUAUGUGAGGCCGAGAAAAGUUUUUAUUUUAAAUUUUAGAUCAGGUAUAUAUUUCUAGUAUUUGUAAUAAUAACUGAUUUAUCUUCGAGAUGGCCUUCUAAUAGAAAUGUUGAAUUAUUCCCAUUAAGCAUAACCUCAUGUGUGUUUCGUGGUAUUGUUAGUCGCGGUCUAUACGUGUUUUGUACAAGAUAUGCCGAUUCUUAUUCGUCGUUGUGUUACAUAUUAUUUAUAAAUUAUUUAUUAAUUGUGUUGUUUGUUGACAUCAUGUCUGUACGAAGUAACUGAAAUGGCGGCAUCAUUUCUAGUGUGUACAUUAAAAUCAAAUGGAUGAUUUUUGUUUUUAUCAUGUUUCAUUUCUUUGCAUUGUUAUUGAAUUUUUUCUGGAUGUUUUUAUAUAUAAUACAAAAUUGUAUUUCAUGAAAUGUAAUUUCUUUGGGAAAAAAUCAUUAUAAAAAUUAGGAAGCAUUCA